AUGCUCUCAGCAUUCACAGCCCGCCCGCUCGUCGAACUAAAGCCGCGAGACAAAUCGCGCAUCGAGUCUGUGCUCGCGUACGGCGACCGGGUCCUCGUCGGUCUGAAUAAUGGCAAUUUGCGCGUAUAUCGCGUGAAUGAGGAUGAGGAGGGGGAUCAUACUACAGGGCAGGGGCAGGGGGGUAGAAAUGGGGGUGUGAAUGGGAAUAAUGAUGAGAAUAGUGGGCGUGGGAAUGGGAAUGGGCAGAAUAAUGGGAAUGGGAAGGGGAAUGAUGCGCCGAGUCAUUCGCAUCCGGAGCAGGAGCAGGAUACGAAUACCCCUGCUACGGCUACGGCUACAGCUACGACUACGGCGACAACAGGCACAGGGGCAACAGCAGCAGGGGGUGCAGUAUUCAACAAACCGUCGCUCCUCCGCGAAAUCGAAAGGUUCUCGCGGUACAAAAUCGACCAGCUGUCGCUGAUCAAAGAAGCAAAGCUCCUCGUCUCGCUGUCCGGGGGGUAUGUCUCCAUCCACGACCUCACGAGUUACACCCUACAAACGCAGCUCACGCGGACGAAAGGCGCCAGUACCUUUGCCGUGACGUCUAAUAUUGAGAAUGACUCUGAGACGGGCAUGCCCACUAUUGUCUCGCGGCUGGCGGUGGCGGUCAAGAGGAAGAUCCUGGUGUGGGUGUGGAGGGAUAUGGAGCUCGUUGGGGAUGAGGUUCUGGAGGUGAGUCUGGUCAGUGGGGUGAAGAGUUUGAGGUGGGUGUCGGGGACGAAGAUCGUCGUGGGACUGGGGUCGGGAUCCGGGUUUGUGUUGGUGGAUUUGGAAGGGGGGACGAAGGAGGGUGGGAAAGGUGCGAAUGGUGUCAGUGUGAUGGAGCUGGUCGGCGGCGCUGGCAUGGGCGGACAGGAUGCUACCACCGGCGCUGGCAGACUGGCUGGGGUUGGUGUCGCCAGUAUGGGGUAUAUCGGCAUCGGGGGCAGUGCGUCACGCCCCUUGGCUACGCGGCUACGCGAGGGCCAGGUGCUGCUGGCGAAGGACAUCCAUACGCAUUUCAUCGAUACCCAGGGCAACUCGCUCGGCCGGAGACAGAUCCCCUGGAGUCAUGCGCCCGCGGAUAUCGGCUACUCGUACCCGUUUCUGCUCGCGCUGCACGACGCCUCCAAGGGGGUGCUGGAGGUGCGCAACCCCGAGACGCUGUCCCUGCUCCAGUCCGUGCCGCUGCCGGCCGCGAGCAUUCUGCAUAUCCCGCAGCCGACGAUCAGUCUGGCGCAUGCCGGGAAGGGGUUCCUGGUGGCGAGCGAUCGGACGAUUUGGCGGAUGGAGGCGCUGAGCUACGACACGCAGAUCGAUUCGCUGGUCGAGAAGGGGUACCUCGAUGAGGCCAUCAGUCUGGCGGGGAUGCUGGAGGAUGCCCUGCUGCGCGAUAAAUGGGGGAGGCUGCGCCAGAUCAAGCUCGAAAAGGCCGAGGGGCUGUUUGGCCUGCGGAAGUACACCGAUGCCAUGGACCUGUUCACGGAGAUCUCCGCGCCCCCGGAGACCGUCAUUCGACUGUAUCCGCGCAUCGUGGCGGGCGAGCAGUCGGCCGUGGUCGAGACGGAGGAGUCAGAGGAUGGCACGGAGGACAGCCACAAGACGCAGGACCAGACGGAUGGCAGCGCCGAGGAGACUGCGCCCCCGAAGACGCUCACCCAUGCCCCCUCGGUGAUGUCGCUGCUCCGGAACCGCACCGACGACGCCAGCGACGCAGGCAGCAUCCGCGGCCGGCUCGAGGAAGCUCGCCCCGACAAGGCGCUGGAAGGGAACGAUCUCAAGCUCGCCGUGCGUGAGCUACAACGAUACCUGGCCGACGUGCGCCGCCGCUUCCAGCGCUUCCUUAACCCGGACGGAACCCUCAAGACCAUCGACGCGACGACUGACGGUGCCAACGACGAACUCACCGACUCCGUCAUGAAACUCCUCUCCAUCACGACCCCCACCAAAGACACCCCGCACGACCUUCUCGGCGAGAGGCUGCGCGAGAAGGCCAAACUCGUCGACACGACCCUCUUCCGAGCAUACAUGUACGCGAUCCCCGCCCUGGCGGGCUCGCUCUUCCGCAUCGCCAACUUCUGCGACCCGGACGUGGUCAUGGAGAAACUCGAAGAAACCGGCCGCCACAACGACCUCAUCGACUUCCUGUACGGCAAGAAACUCCACCGCCAGGCCCUGGAACUGCUCCGCAAAUUCGGCCAGGCCGCAGACGAGGAAGACACCGCGCCGCAGCUCCACGGCCCCAAACGCACAGUCGGAUACCUCCAGAACCUGUCGCCCGAGCGGAUCGACCUGAUCCUCGAGUUCGCGGAGUGGCCUGUCACCGAGGAUCCGGAUCUGGGCAUGGAGAUCUUCCUUGCCGAUACGGAGAACGCGGAGACGUUGCCGCGGGAUCGUGUGCUGGGGUUCUUGUUGGGGGUGGAUGUUAAUCUUGCCGUGAGGUAUCUCGAACAUGUCAUUGGGGAGCUGAAUGAUCUGUCGCCGGAUUUGCAUCAGAAGUUGUUGAUGUUGUACUUGGAUCGUCUGGAGAAGAGAAAUUCCCAUGAUUGGGCGUUUAAGACCGAGGAUGAGCAUGUUGAUUGGCGGGAUAGGUUCCUGGAUCCGGAGUUCUUCGAGGCUCGCGCUAUUGUGUUUAGCAAGAUGGGGCAGCAUCGCCAGGCCUUGGAGAUUUAUGUUUUUCGGUUGGAGGAUUAUGCUAAGGCUGAGGAAAGACACCGCCGACGGCAUCCCCCCCGCUGCGUGGCCCUGCUGGCCUACGAAGAAGACAAGCCCUCCAUUUACCUGACCCUGCUCUCACUCUACCUCUCGCCCCCCCACGGCUACCAGCCGCGCUACGGCCCCGCGCUGGAAGUGCUGGCCAAGCACGGCUCGCGGCUGCCGCCCAACUCGGCGCUGGACCUGAUCCCCGAGACGCUGCCGGUGCAGGAGCUGGACUUCUACUUCCGGGGGCGGAUGCGCGCGGCCAACUCGAUCCUGAACGAGAGCCGCAUCGUGUCGAGCCUGCAGAAAGCCGAGAACAUCAAGACCCAGGCGCAGCUGCUGGUCGGCGAGGCGACCGACGGCCGGGGCACGCGGUCGCGCCAUGUCACCAUCACCGAGGAGCGCGUGUGCGGGAUGUGUCAUAAGCGCAUUGGGGGGAGUGUGAUCAAUGUGUUUCCAGAGUGAGUGCACCCUCCUUGUCGUUCAACCCCGAUCCUUAUUAUUUUUCACCCGAGUCAUGAAUGUGCUGACCCGACAGCAACACGGUGGUUCAUCUGGGGUGUGCCAAUCGCAUGCGGAGUGUAUAGUGGUAGCGGUAGCGGUAGCGUAGUUCUUUUUGUCUGUAUUCGGCUGUCAUCCUCACGCUCCGGAGUGGUGGCUUUGCGUGAUACCCGGUCUGCAUGUUUUUCUCUCCCUUUCUUGUUGUGUUUUAUUGUAGUUGCGUAGCAAACCAUUCUCUCCUGUCCGGUGUAGCUGUGUGUGCAUCCAUCCUCUCCAAUAUCAGGUAUAUCCACCCACCCUAUCCCAGUAUAAUCUCAUUCUUC